AUGGAAUUUGAAGUCUCCGAUGCUAUUCAAGUUCCAUCAAAUUCAAUGCAAGAUUCGAUCUUGACAAUUCCUUUAUUGCCACUAGAACUCAUCACUGAAAUUCUCUUGAGGCUUCCAGUGAAAUCCCUCUUGAAAUUCAGGUAUGUUUCACAAUCUUGGCUUGCUUUAAUCUCUAAUCCUGUAUUUAUCAAGACUGAUCUUAGUUUAUCUGCUAAUAACAAGAAUACGGAAGACACCCACCAUGUAAUUUUUUUGGAUAUUGGUGGAAAGAAAUGGAAUUACAAAGAAUGUCCUCUUAAAUCUUUAUUUUAUGACUCUGUUACCGUGGCUCUUGAAUUGGAUUUUUCCAUUGAAAACGACAGGUAUUGGCUCUAUGUUAAGGGUUCUGGCAAUGGAUUGGUUUAUCUUGCCCAUGAUGGUUUAGAAUAUUCCCUUUUAUGGAAUUCAACAACUAGAAAGCACAAGAAUUUGCCACUUUUUAGACCUAGAUUGAAAAAAUAUGAACGCGCAUAUGGUUUUGGAUAUAAUGAGCUCCAUGAUGAUUAUAAGGUAGUGAUUAUUUCUUAUAAUUAUAUUGUUCGCGGUUCAGAUGACAUUGAGGUCAAAGCAUAUAGUCUAAAGAGUGAUUCUUGGACUAGUGUUGAUUAUUGUGACGAGACAUUCUCUAACAAAAAAAGUGUUGGUAGAAACAUUAUUGCUUUUGAUUUAGCUAAUGAGAAAUGGGAAAAGGUGGAGAAGCCCUCCUACGGAGAAGGAGAGACUGAAUUGCUUGUGGGAAAGUUGGGAAGUCAUCUUUCUGUCUUUUGUGAUUAUAAAACAACUCAUUUAGGUGCUUGGGUUAUGAAGGAGUAUGGAGUGAAAGAAUGUUGGAUAAAGAUGUUUACCAUCAGGUAUCCAAAUGAUCCCGAAUGGUAUCCAACCUUUUUCAUGUCAAAUAAAGGUGAAAUAUUGUCGGUUUAG